UCAAGAUAAACUGUCAAAUCUUUGUCUACAAUGGCGGCUGUCUAUUACGUAGUGUUUAUCACUCUAGUAAUUUUACAUAGCAACCUUAGUUCCGCCCUUGGAGGUCGCAGUUCCGACUGUCCUCACCCAUGCGUCGUGAACGGUCACCAUUUCUGCUACCCCCCUCCCUGUCCCCCGCCGGCCUGCGCCGACCCUAUCUACGCCUCGGGUCAGUGCUGCACCCUGUGUCCGGAUGACUGCCCCCAUGGAACCUGUAAGAUCAACAACAGGACCAUGUGUUACCCCAUACCCUGUCCCCACCCGCCGUGUAAGGAUCCCGUCACCACCCCCGGGGAUUGCUGUCCGCACUGCCCCUCAGAAAAGGAGACACAGAAGAAAGAGGACUGCCCUCACCCUUGCACCAUUGGGGGACAGACCUACUGCCACCCCAUACCCUGCCCCUUGCCACUGUGUGACGACCCAGUGACCAGUCCAGGGGACUGCUGCCCACGCUGUUAAUCAAUGUUAAUAUCAAUUAAUGUAAAUAUCAAUUAAAAAGUCGGAUUUAAAAAAAAAAAGGAAU